AUAAAUUCAUUCCUUCUUGCCCACAGUCACUUCCAUCAGGCACACAAAAUGAUUACUUCUGCUUCUUCUCCUCCUCCUCCAAUUCCGACAGCCUCGCUAGUCCAAUCACCUUCUCCUUCUUCUUCUCCACGCCGCCGUCUGCUCUGCCGUGGAGCAUCGCCACCGACUUCUAAUCUCAAAUUUGUUUUACACGAUGCCUUGGAUUCCUUAGGCUUCGACACCAGCUACGCUAGAGAGUCGAGGACGGAAUUCUUGACACAGAUUCAGAAUUUAUCGGAUAUCGAGAGGGAAACUAGCAUUAGCAUCAAUAGAUGUGUGGAUUUGGGGAAAACAGCGCUUUAUAUUGCAGCCGAGGAUGAUUCUCUUGUAUCUCACUCUUCGGUCCCACUUCCUGUAGAUGAUUUCAUUCAAUUGUUGGAUGAUCUUUCCAUGGGCUACUGCUCAAGCUAUAACUCAUCAUUCAGUUCUUCCCCUGAAAUUUUUCUUCAUAGUUUAGACUCAUAUUUGUAUGUCAACAAGGGUUUCCGGAGAACCGAUGCUAAGGACCAAUUGGAGGCACAGGGUCUCUAUCUCCCCUCAGUUUUGACACAUAGAUCUGGAUCAGCUGUUAUGCUUUCACUCAUUUACUCAGAAAUCCUGAAAAUGCUUCGCUUAUGGGGUCUAGUGGAUUUUGAUUGUGAGAUAUUCUUCCCUUAUGAUCUUCAUGGUCUUCCUAGAGGCUAUGAUACGCGGAAGAGCAAGGAAUCUGAGCAGCCUUUCAUAACGACGACACAAACUCUGUUAGAGGAGACUUUGAGAAAUUUGAAGGAGGCUUUCUGGCCAUUUCAAUAUGACAACACAAAAAGUUUAUUCUUAAGGGCAGCGCAUGCUGCAAAUUGUAUUGAUAAAUCAAAAAAUCUUGAAGACAGUGAUUGUCAGCUUGCCCCUGCAGAGAGUGCUCAACAUAGGCUACUCCAUGGUGUUCAGACCAGAAAAAGUUUUGGGGAUAUGAUGCUUGCAUUAUCUGCGUGUGAACGUCUGAUACUCCUGGAGUCUGAUCCAAAGGAAUUGAGAGAUUAUGGCAUUCUUCUAUACCAUUGUGGAUUUUAUGAGCAGUCACAGCAAUGUCUCAAGAUGUAUCAAGACACAAAGAGUUUUUCCUUGCAAAAGCAACCAUCCAACAAAUUUGACAACCUGGAGGAAGAUGCUGUGGAGAAAUUGAUGGUGCGUCUUGACCUCAUAUUGAUGGAGAAAGGCUGGAGCAAGCCUUCGCUUGUUUGAAAUUUCAUUGGAAAUGAUUCCAAACCAUGCUAGAGUGGCAUCUUCAAUCUCUUACAGUUGAACUUGGUUCAUGAGGUAUGGAAGUGCAGUUUCUUGCACUUGAUUCUAUAUCUUCACAAACAAUGGAGAAUCCUGGAAAAGGUUUUAAUUGUUGUUAUAAUAGCAGCACAUGACAUAACCUCCAAUGCUAGUGUUUCAUGUCUCAACAAUUGAAGCCUGGUUCUCUGGGAAGUGGGUUGACAAAACAGUCAAUUCUGGGAAGCCAUUACCUGCUGGAUGGAGAUAUUAUCUAGGUUUUUUCUUUGACAGUUAUGCAAAAGUCUGGUCACAAUGUGGUAGCAUCUGACAUUUAUUUUUUGUCCCAGUAAAAUGUAAAUUGAUGUCUAUGUAUGACAAGGCUUAGUUUAAACAAGGUAAUAAUUUAUCAAUUUUUUAUAUAUAACUAGUCAUUUUACCUGUGCAAA